CUGAGCAGUCAGAGCAUUUCUUGUUCGCAGAUCACCCUUCUGAGCACCUCUCUGGCUGCUGCUUACUGAGGCCAUCACAGCCUGGCUGAUUUCUCAGCUGCGGUGGCACUGGUCCUGUGAUGGCACCCCCUGUCAGCUGCCUCCUGGUGGCCGUGCUGUUUUCUGCCAGCUAUAAAGCCACCACAUCCUCGGAUCAGACGUGCAUGGAGAAAGAAGCCAACAAAAUAUACAAUUGUGAAAAUUUAGGUCUCAGAGAGAUUCCUGGCACUCUACCAAACACAACAGAAUUUUUGGAAUUCAGUUUUAACUUCUUGCCUGCAAUUCAGAGCACAACUUUCUGCAGACUCACAAAUCUGAUCUUUUUGGAUUUAACCAGGUGCCAGAUCAAUUGGAUACAUGAAGACACUUUUCAAAGCCAUCACCAAUUGGACACCCUUGUGCUGACUGGAAAUCCCCUGAUAUUCAUGGCCGAAACAUCCCUCCUUGGGCCCAGGGCACUGAAGCACCUUUUCUUAAUCCAAACGGGGAUAUCCAAUCUCGAGUUUAUCCCAGUGCACAAUCUGGAAAACUUGGAAAGUUUGUAUCUUGGAAGCAACCAUAUUUCCUCCAUGAAGUUCCCAGGAAACUUCCCAACACAGAAUCUGAAGGUUCUGGAUUUUCAGAAUAAUGCUCUCCACUUCCUCUCUCGUGAAGACCUGAACACUCUGGGGGCCACCAACCUCAGCCUCAACCUUGAUAGCAAUGACAUUAAAGGCAUGGAGCCUGGGGCUUUCCAUGCAAAAGUCUUCCAAAGUCUGCGAUUCGGAGGGAUGCUUGACGUGUCUGUCAUAUUGAAAGGUCUACAGAACUCUACUACUCGGUCUCUCUGGCUGGGGACAUACGAGGACACUGAGAGCCAGGACCUGACUCCAGCCAUGCUCGAGGGACUCUGUGAAAUGUCUGUGGAGAGCAUCAGCCUGCGCAAGUACCAUUUCUCUGACUUGUCAGCUACCACAUUUCAGUGCUUCACGCCCCUCCGGGAAUUGGACCUGACGGCAACUCACUUGAGAGAGUUACCCUCUGGGAUUCAGGGUAUGAACUCGCUCAGGAAAUUAGUUCUCAAUGUAAAUCAUUUUGAGCAAUUGUGUCAAAUCAAUGCUGCCAGUUUCCCGGCCCUCACAGACCUCUCUAUCAAAGGCAACCUGGGGGUACUUGACCUCGGUGCUGGGUGUUUGGAAAAACUAGCAAAUCUCCAGAGACUUGAUUUAAGCCACAAUGGCAUAAAGGCUUCUGACUGCUGCAAUCUGCCGCUCAAAAGCCUGCACCACUUGCAGUACCUAAACCUGAGCUACGCUGUGUCCAUUGGUCUCCGGCGUCAGGCAUUCCAAGAGAGUCCUAAGCUGGAAGUCCUGGAUUUGGCAUUUACUCACCUGACUGUUAUGGCGUCACAAAGUCCUUUCCAAAACCUCCCUCUCCUGCAGGUCCUGAAUCUCUCCCACUGCCUCCUCGACGCCAGCAAUCAGCACCUGCUGGAAGGCCUGGAGGGUCUCCGGCACCUGAAUUUACAGGGAAAUAGAUUUCAAGAUGGGAGACUCUCCAAGACCAACCUUCUUCAGACAGUAGCCGGCUUGGAGGUGCUGAUUUUAUCCUCCUGUGAGCUCCUCUCUAUAGAACAGCAGGCCUUCCACAGCCUUGGGAAUGUGACUCGCAUAGACUUAAGCCACAACAGCCUGACAGAAAACAGCAUCGAUGCUCUUGGCUACCUGAAGGGGCUCUACCUCAACCUGGCCACCAACAGCAUUCAAAUCAUCCCACCCCGUCUCCUCCCCAUCUUGUCCCAGCAGAGCACCAUUAAUUUAAGUCACAACCCUCUGGACUGCACUUGCUCAAAUGUUCGUUUCAUAACCUGGUACAGAGAAAACCUGCACAAACUCGAGGACGUGGAGGAGACAGUGUGUGCGAACCCCCCAUCUUUAAGGGGAGUCAAGCUGUCUGAGGUCGAGCUGUCCUGUGGGAUUACGGCCGUGGGCAUUUUUUUUCUCGUGGUAUUUUUAUUCUUGUUCACCAUCCUGCUCAUUUUUGCAGUUAAAUUCCUUCUUAGGUGGAAAUACCAGCACAUUUAGUGCUGAAGAUGUCUAGAGAUGGCAAAUAAAUGUGUUUGGCCGAAUUGCCCCAAAUAGAGAGACUGUUGUCUGUUAGGGGCCAGAUUUGACAGAUUGGUCCCUGGCGCCGGGCAGGGAUUUUCUGUGUUUUUCUGAGUCCCGGGACUAAUGUCACUCCCCCUGGAAAGUAAAUGAGGGACAGAUGCAGCUGUGAGAAACACCCAGCCAUCUCCUCACAUGGAAGUGGGUGGAAGUAGAGGGAGGACCUGUGGCAGGGCAAGGCCCAGGCAGUCACCCACUAGGGGGGCACCUCCCUCCCACUCCUGAACACCCUUCGGAGCACCUCCCACCUUGACCCUAAAGGGAGACCACCAACGCCCACAACCUGGCAGCUCUGAGGACCCCAGCUCCCAACUCUCUCUUGCACCGUUGGGGCACUGUGCUUGGGUCUGAGUUCCCAGUAAUGUAGCUGUUUGGGGAACUUGUUGUGGAUAAAGUCUUAAUGUUCAUUUUAAAUGAAAAAGAGGAAACAAUGAAUUUAGAAGAAGAGGCUGAGAACUGAACCUUACCAUCAAAUGGACUCCAUUAAUCUCCCUAAUCCUUAGGUGUCUGCAGUCUCUACAAAUGCCACUAGGAUGCAAAUAGCUACAGAAAAAAAAAUGACAUCCUCCCCCGGCUCCUCCCUUCCCCAGGGUUUAGGGUUUUUGCUACAUUGGCCAGCUCACCUGCAAGCAAGCCCCUGCAGCCAACCAGGUGCCUCACUGUUUGGUUACAGAGCCCAACUCCCAGGUGGGCUGUGGUGCAAGUACACUUCUCAUGUGGAGGCCAGUCCUUCAAAGAGUCUUUCCCACAGGAAUCGUGAGAUAAAUGGUGGUUUGCCUUCCAGGCCAGCUCUCAAAUGCCGAUUCACCUGGGACAGCAAUUGAGAUAACACAUUUACAAUGAAGACCAGUGGGAGAAAGCAGCUCCGUAUGCCAGCUGUCUGUCAAGAGCACAAUAAGCUGGCUCAGUGAGUAGUUUCUGUUGAGGCUGGGGUGUCAGUAAAGAUAGUACCAGCGACACAGAGGGGACAGGACCACUGAAUAUGAUAGAGAAAGAGGACAUGGAAGCUCCAGUGUGAUGACCUGGGCCUCCCCAAGGCCCAAAGAGUCACCCUCCUUCAGGGCUCGCUCUCUGAAGUCUGCAUGGAUGGACAGGGUAGCCCUUGUACUCCGGUGCUGCAUUUACAGGACCUUGAUUAAGUUCUAUAACCAGUUGUAGGCUUGCAAUGGUAACUUAUAGUUAUGAAAUUCUGAUUGGAUAUCAAAGGAAAAUUUGAGUGAUAUCUAAUCUGAAUUGUUUGGCCCUUAGGCUGAGGGCAUAGUAGUGAGACACAAUAACAGAGUAGAAACUUGGGAACUAACUCCUUUUCACUUGUAUAUGCCCAGAAACAGCAGGAAAGACAAGGGAAUAGUGAAGUGAAGUCACAAAUCUUCACUGAAAAACCUCAGUAGUCUUAGGGGGUAUUUUGUACUAGAGAGGAGGCCAAGUUUUCCCACUGGUUCCUGGUUAGGGACACAAGGCAGGAGCUAGGGUAAGGUGAGUGAGGCCUUUGCCUUGGGUGCAAAAUUUAAGGGAGGACCAAGUUAUUUACCAUGAAUAGCCAGGAUCUGGAAACAGCCCAACUGCCCAUUAGUAGAUGAGCUGAUAAAAUGCUGUAGAACAUUUAUACCCUGGAAUACCACGUGGCUGUAAAAAAAGAAGGAUCUCUUACCUUUUGCAACAGCCUGGAUGGACCUAGGGAUUAUUAUGCUAAGUGGAAUAAGCCAGUCAGA